UACUCACUACUAAGUGACACACUCUUAGAAGGAAAUUUAUUUCCUGAAUAUUGCCUUUCAGACCCCGUUUACACUAGAGCGAAAGUUUCCGGAUUCAUCACGAAAGCGGAAUGUUUUAGUACCGGAUUCAUGUUGCUGUUUACACACGCAGCAACGAAUCCGAUAGAAAAUGUACUCGGUUUUAAGCUGUAUCCGGAAACUUUGAAUCCGUAAAAGUUUGUGGAAACUUCGUAUCCAGAAACAUUUGAAUCCGGAAAAUUUUCUUGUGUAAACGCUUUGCACGACGAAUCCGAAGAAAUUCAAACGUGACGACCAAACAAUUCUCCAAGAACAAGUAAUGUGAGUGUAAACGGAGAAAUCCGCAUACAGAGACAACUAAAGUGUAAUGUAAACACUUGACGAAUCCUAUACAUGUGUGUAACAAUGAAUCCGGAUAAAUUUACAAAUCCGGAAACUUUCGUUCUAGUGUAAACGGGGUCUCAGUCAGAACCGUAGGCCGUAGCUAGACUGCUGCUGAUUGGUGCAUGGAGAGCCAGUAUAUUCAUUUAUUCAAUGUUUGCAUAUACCGAACAAUCGCUUUCGAAGAAUCAGUCAGGCAUAAGACGAAUUCAUGAAGCUUCUAUAAAUAGGGCCAAGCUAUUAACACCAUUAUUCCAAAACCUUUCAGUUGGCAACGAUAAUUCCGUGCCAGUGGAAUCUGUUUAAUAAGACUUAAUUAUCUGGAUAUUUGCAACCAUAGCGAUCAUCAAUGGCUUUACCUAUCUGGAAAUAUAUUUUAUUACUGAAUGUUAUGUUUUGGUAUCACCAUACAAGAGCAAAUCCACAUCAGUCUAGCUUUCAGUCGACGGAUAACGUUUCGCCCACUGCCCACCAAGAUACAGGAUAUUUACUAUCAGGUCAAAGAUGUCGAACAUCGUACAGAAAUCUGACAAAAAAAACGAUUUGCAAGAUUACUUGAUGCCAGCGGUAAACAAGGCAGCGGUAUUUACGGUGGGAACACCUUGUGGUAUGGAUCAUACAGCGAAUGCUCGAAAUUAUCACACUCUCAGUAUUGUUGGACGCGUUUUCCUGGAGCCAUAUCGUUGGUUAAGAAUAACACAGAUACUCUCAGCUUUGAAUGGGGCGUUUGUUUACCGGAUAUUUGUACUGGACAAGAUGUUUCUGAAGACCUUGACUUCUUUCUGCGCAAAUACAAAGUUUUGGAUAUUGUUAAACCUUUGGCGAAACCAAUUGUGGAAUGUGCAAAAGAUCCGGAGUACACUUCAUCAGUUGUGAUAACAAUCGUAUUCUGUUGUAUUUUAAUUGGUCUGUGUCUCCUUGCGACUGUUGUUGAUAUUUUCCAUCAUUUAAACGACCCCCGCGAAUCUACGGAAGUCAUUGGCGAUGGUGAAAUCUCUUUGGACAAAAAAAUGGACGAAAACUCACCUUCACUACCAAAUGGAUCUGAUCAAGAAAUAAUAACUAAGAAAAGAACAGGAGGUAUCAUCCUGUCCGUUCUCCAUUGUUUUUCAUGUCUACGAAAUAUUAAAUUUAUCAUGAGUACAGAUGUUGGAAAGAGUGAUUUAACUUAUCUUCAUGGUAUCCGAGUGAUCUCUAUGUUCUGGAUUAUCGGUCUUCAUGCAUUUAACGAGCUAUUCAGUUUACCAAUUGAAAAUGAAGAGGAUGCAAACAACAUUAUACGACGUUUCACAUUUAUGAUUUUCGCCAAUGGAGCCUUCGGAGUAGACACCUUUUUUUUCUUAAGCGGCUUGCUCGUUAUGUAUGUUAACAUUAAGAAGCAGGAGAGAAAUCCUGGACGAACGAAUUGGUUCAAAUACUAUUUUCACCGGUUUUGGAGGCUCACACCAACUUAUAUGUUUUUUCUACUACUUGUCGCAAAACUGUUGCCAUUUUUUGGUGCUGGUCCUAUUUGGUUUUCACUGCUUCCUAAAAGUUCAGCAUGUUCAAGAAAUUGGUGGGUAAACUUACUGUACAUCAAUAAUUUGGAUAAACUUGAUGCUGAAGAGAUGUGUUUGGUACAUACGUGGUAUCUGGCAGCCGAUAUGCAAUUCUUUGUUAUAUCUCCAAUCUUUCUUUUCAUUGCAAAAAGAUACCAAAUUCGCCUGCUCAUUUGUAUGGUUGGUGUUGUUAUUUUGGCUAGUAUUAUCACAACAGCUUCGUUAAUCGCAGACAAAAACCUUCAACCAUUUGGCAUGCCAGCCACAAGUAAUCUAAGAGUUGUAUUGGGAAGUUCCAAAUACUUCGAAGACGUAUACGUGAAACCGUAUUGCAGAAUCCCGCCGUAUGUGAUUGGAAUGGUCAUGGGGUAUUUCAUCUACAAGUAUUUUUCAACGAGAUUUCAACUAAAGCGGAAAUUUAUCGCAAUUUUGUGGAUGCUGGCUGUAUGUGUAGCACUCGCUGAUAUAUACGCCCCAUACAGCACAGUCAAAGAAAACCCCCGAAUUUGGUCCAAGGGAGAAAAUAUUGUUUAUGGAUCAUUGAGGUGGACCAUCUGGAGCUUUUGCAUUAGUUGGCUAAUUUUUGCUUGUCAUUACAACUAUGCAGGUCCAGUUAAAAUACUUCUCGCCGCAAAGUUCUGGAUACCAUUAAGUCGGAUAAAUUAUGCUGCAUUUAUUAUACAUUUUACAGUUUUGAACGUUUUUACGUAUAACAUUGAAGUUCCGAUUCAUUACACAAUAUUUACAUUGGUCUCCUGUUAUCUUACUGCAUUGGUAUUGUCUUAUGCGUUCGCCUUCAUUCUCACUGUUGUAGUGGAAUUUCCUUGCGCAAACCUUGAAGCACUGGUUUGGAAGAAAGUCGAGAAGAAAUGAAAAGAUUGUGUAAGGUCAUGGGAAACGGCUAACGUACCUUUACAGUAUUGUAACAGAUCAAUGUAGCCGUCAGUCAUUCCCUUUAUACCAUAUUACAUAAACGUCGGCAAGAAAUUUUUGACACGUUUCCAAACUUUUUAUUGCUUUGUAAAGGGAAAAUAUCUCAUUUACUGUGGGCGGAAUGCUGGGCUGGAGAUUGAACGCCCCGGAGUUGUAGUUUAAAAAGGCCCUGUUUAAAAGAGGUUUUCCACUACGUCCUCUUCGUUCCAGCGUGUGAAGCGCGUUUUGUUUUUUAGGCCUGACACGGCCGCAUGAGCAGAUUUUCAAAGGCCGCUUCACCCGCGCGGGCAAAACGAAUGUAAUGGGAAAGCCUUUACAGUAUAUUGUUCUUUACCACCCAAUUAUAUAUUAGACGAGUACAUAUAACCAUGUCGGAAUCAAUACAGUUUCAUGCGAACUUGAAUUAUUAUCAUAAUG